AUGUCAACUUGUGAAAUAACAAGUGCUUCAAAUUCAUUAUGGAUUCUAUUGGAUCAUUAUACAAAACAUUGUAAGAUUUCCCAAAGAAUUCAUAAAAGUAAUAAUGUUUUCAUUGGUUUCAAUAUUAAUGAAAGAUAUUUUGUGAUUCAAUUAAAAUCUUGUAGAUUAGCUGCUGCCAUUGGAAUUGAUCGAUACACUUCACAACAUGAUAUAAAAUUAAUAUUGGCGAAAAAGAAAACCCCAUUCUUUAGUGACUACUGUAAAAAGGCAAUGGGACAUGGAAAACACCAAGAACCAAAAGCAAGAGAAUUUUAUUUUAAUGAAUUGGAGACUUCAAUUAUCGAAAAGGGUAUCUUUCCAUUGCCAGGCGACAAAAGAAUUGGAUGUUCUCCUGAUAGGGUAAUUUACACAACAGUACCUGGUAAAGAUGGAGUUUUACAGCGUGAAGGAGUUAUUGAAAUUAAAUGUCCACUAUCUGCCACGAACUUCAGUGGCCUAAAGAAUGGUAGAAAACCUGAUGCCUUAGCUAAUGCUCAGAAAAUACCUCUAGAUUACAUUCCACAAAUAUUUGCAAACAUGGCAUGUACUGGGGCACAAUGGUGUGAUUAUAUAUGUUGGGUUCCAGGUGGUAUACUUUUGUAG